AGGCGCGCCAGGCACUCACCUGGUUUACCAUCAUCAUCAACACCACCACCAUCAUCAACCCCGACCGCGGCAGGCCGCCAUCAGCGGUUCUUCUCGCACCGUUACAUGUAGCCUAAUUGGGGUGACGAAUCCCCGACAUGGCGACCGACGCGCCAAAGCCAGUGCGGCUGCUGGACCUCAUCACCGCCGUCGACAACGUGCCGCUCGACUUCGAGACCAACCACACGCCCUACUACCGCUUCCUCCUGGCGCCGGACCCGCGCGCCCACGGCUUCAUCCACCCGGACACGGUGGCCAAGCUGCCCUGGCCGGCCGCCUUCUUCGCCGUCGACCACGCCGCGCGCACCGUCUCCGUCACGCCGCCGCCGUCUGACGAGGGCUCGUCGUCCUCGUCGUCCCUCUCGGCGCACGCCAACGCCGCCCUGCAGCAGGCUGUCGACGCCGCCAUCGCCGCGCCGGCCGGCGACUUCCCCACGCUCAACGGCCGGCACAGCGAGUACUUCCUCGUUCCCGGGGCGCGCUCCUUUGUGCAGGUGGAGCGCUUCGCCGCGCCGCUCUUUGGCAUCGCGACGCGCGGUGCGCACCUGACGUGCUACGUGCGACCGCGGGCCGAGGACGAGCUGCGCAUCUGGGUCGCGCGCCGCAGCCGCAACCUGUUCACGUACCCGGGAAUGCUGGACAGCACGGUCGCGGGGGGCGUCAAGGCCUCGGACACGCCGUGGGAGUGCAUCGUCGCCGAGGCGGGCGAGGAGGCGUCCCUGCCGCGGGAGCUGCUUCUGCCACCCCUGACGGCAGCGCGGGGCGACCGGGGCGACGGGCAGUCGCCGCCGCUGCAGCUGCUCGCGGCGGGGACGGUGACGCUGGCGAACCGCAACCCGCGGACGGGCCUGUUCCACGGCGAGGUGCUGUACGUGUACGACAUGGAGAUGCCGACGACGGUGCGGCCGCGGCCGAACCCGGACGACGGCGAGGUGGACGAGUUUGUGCUCAUGGGGUGCGCCGAGGUGCGCGAGCGCAUGGGCCGCGGCGAGUUCAAGCCCAACGUGUGCGCCGUGCUGAUUGACUUUAUGGUGCGCCAUGGGGUGGUGACGCCCGAGGGGGAGCCCGACUACGUCGAGAUUUGUGCGCGCCUGAGGAGGAGGCUGCCCAUGCCGACCGUCUCGGACUUGUGAAAGUUUGCUUGAGCAGGCCCGCGACGCCCGGGCGGGCGUCAGGGUGAGUGGUGUGAGUGGUGUGCCUUUAGUUUGGUAUAGACAAGCUGCAGAGGGCAUUACAUGAUGCUGAUGGAGUAUACGUGGGGUUUGGUGUAGAGGGCAUGUAGGAGGCAUGGGGGUGUAUAGACGGAGGUCCUAUAUAGAGGGCAGGCAGGCAUACAUGCGGUGCACUGCAUAUACUAGCACAGAGAUGAGGAACUAUGGGACAUUCACGCCGGCCAAAGCUGACAUGUAUAUACAAUCAGCGACUUUGUAUUUCCAUCCAAC